AUGACGGGCGGCGCGGCUGCGCCCCGCUCCUCUUCGGGGGCCUCUCGCACACCUCUCUCUCUGCGUUUCUCUCUGACGCUUCUCUGCUCUCUCGUAGCCCUCCUCACUCUCUCUGUCUCUCUCUCCACUCCCGCUUCUCACACCUAUGUCUUCGCCGUCGUCGCCGCCGACACCGGCGUAUCCUCUGUCCCUGGACACGAGCGUGGAGCUUCCAAGGCCGGGCCAGACGCGACCGUGAAAUCUAAGAGGCGUCGUGAGAGAUCCAAGAAAAGCGAUGGAAACGUCUCCGCGAAAGGCGGUCCAGAAGAGUCAGAGAUGCAGGACCAAUCGACCACCGACGUCGACUUCGAGACAACGCCUCCCGUGGCACGUGAUGCAAAGACUCAAAGCAAACGUGAUGCAACGACAAGAGGGAAGAAGGGCAAGAGGAGCAGAAGGAAGCGUGGUGAGAAGUCCAAGAAAGGCAAUCGGGAGGCGGGUGCGAAAGGCGAUUCAGAGGCGUCACUGACGGAAGGCGAAUCGAAGGCCGACAUCGGAGGGGAGACGACAGCCCAGGUGGAACGCGAUGCGACAACAAAAGGGAAGAAGAGUAAGAGGAGAAGGAGCAGGAGCAGAAGGAAGCGUGGUGAGAAGUCCAAGAAAGGCAAUCGGGAGGCAGGAGCGAAAGGCGAUUCAGAGGCGUCACUGACGGAAGGCGAAUCGAAGGCCGACAUCGGAGGGGAGACGACAGCCCAGGUGGAACGCGAUGCAACAAGAAAAGGGAAGAAGAGUAAGAGGAGCAGGAGCAGGAGCAGGAGGAAGCGUGGUGAGAAGUCCAAGAAAGGCAAUCGGGAGGCGGAAGCGAAAGGCGAUUCUGAGGCGUCACUGACGGAAGGCGAAUCGAAGGCCGACAUCGGAGGGGAGACGACAGCCCAGGUGGAACGCGAGGCAACAAGAAAAGGGAAGAAGAGUAAGAGGAGAAGGAGCAGGAGCAGAAGGAAGCGUGGUGAGAAGUCCAAGAAAGGCAAUCGGGAGGCGGAAGCGAAAGGCGAUUCUGAGGCGUCACUGACGGAAGGCGAAUCGAAGGCCGACAUCGGAGGGGAGACGACAGCCCAGGUGGAACGCGAUGCAACAAGAAAAGGGAAGAAGAGUAAGAGGAGAAGGAGCAGGAGCAGAAGGAAGCGUGGUGAGAAGUCCAAGAAAGGCAAUCGGGAGGCGGAAGCGAAAGGCGAUUCUGAGGCGUCACUGACGGAAGGCGAAUCGAAGGCCGACAUCGGAGGGGAGACGACAGCCCAGGUGGAACGCGAUGCAACAAGAAAAGGGAAGAAGAGUAAGAGGAGAAGGAGCAGGAGCAGAAGGAAGCGUGGUGAGAAGUCCAAGAAAGGCAAUCGGGAGGCAGGAGCGAAAGGCGAUUCAGAGGCGUCACUGACGGAAGGCGAAUCGAAGGCCGACAUCGGAGGGGAGACGACAGCCCAGGUGGAACGCGAUCCAACAAGAAAAGGGAAGAAGAGUAAGAGGAGCAGGAGCAGGAGCAGGAGGAAGCGUGGUGAGAAGUCCAAGAAAGGCAAUCGGGAGGCGGAAGCGAAAGGCGAUUCAGAGGCGUCACUGACGGAAGGCGAAUCGAAGGCCGACAUCGGAGGGGAGACGACAGCCCAGGUGGAACGCGAUGCAACAACAAAAGGGAAGAAGAGUAAGAGGAGCAGGAGCAAGGGGAAGCGUGGUGAGAAGUCUAAGGAAGCCGAUCUUCAGGAGGGUGCGAAAGGCGAUUCAGAGGCGUCACUGACGGAAGGCGAAUCGAAGGCCGACAUCGGAGGGGAGACGACAGCCCAGGUGGAACGCGAUGCAACAACAAAAGGGAAGAAGAGUAAGAGGAGCAGGAGCAAGGGGAAGCGUGGUGAGAAGACCAUGAAACGCGAUACGCAGUUGGCUGGGAAAGGCGAGCCGCAGACGGCCGCGAUUGUCGAUGCGUUGCUCCAGAUGGAGAGCGGGUCGUUGACCGAAAGGGAAGCCGUGGCAAAAGAUCCGAAAGAAGGUAAUGCAGAUGCGAUUGUCGGGACCGACUCGAUCGAAGCAAGAGUCGCUGUCAGCGCGGAGAGAACGGAAGAAGGCGGCAAGCCAGCUGAGGCGGUUUCUGCCGCCGAUGCUUCCAAAUCGGCCGAACAGGGCCGGCAGAAGUCCACGAAGAGGGGGAAGAAGCGCCACCGCAGAAACCGCAAGAGGAGCAAGUCGAAGAAGUCUCACACAGGCUCCAGCGCGCCGACCACCGCUGGUGUUUCCGCACCGACAGGCUCGCUCCCCCUGUCUUCCGAGACUCCGACCUCUGCAGAAAAGGAGGCGACAGAGUUUCUGCUCAGCAGCGGUUUCCCCGCCAUCUCAGCGGUUCUCGCGAGUCGCGGGUCGAAGCUUGACGCCGCGAAAAAGUCGAAGGGGGCCCCCGGGUCGACCUCGGUGGUCGAUUCGGAGUCAGUCGUUUCAGGACGCGAGCGACAGACGCACGAUGAGUUUCUGCCUCCCGUCGACGUCGCUUCCGUACUCAGGAGGGCGAACACAGGGGACGAGUCUCUCUUCGACCCAGACGAGGCGGAUAACACCAGCGCUGCGACCAAGGCUUUUGAGGUGACAGAUGACGAACCCAAGGCUGAAAAGCCGAGUGAGACUGAAACGCAGUUACAGGAGUUGAUGGCGACUGUUCCUCAGCUUGACGAGCUGUUGCAGAAGUUACCUAAGCUUGAAGAGCUCGCGACGAGGGUUCCUCAGCUUGAAAGGCUGUCCGAGAGUGAGGCUCAGCGUGAAGCGUCAAACGAGCAUGGUCGUCAUUCUGCCGAGCUGAGAGCGACUGGUCCUUCGCUGGAUGAGCCAAUGCGUGGGCCUCGGUUUGGCGCGCUGCAAGCGACCGAGUCGAAGCCAGUCCCGACGUCUCUCGCGAACGUUCUAAUCUCGUCUCUUGUCUUCCCUCCUCGCUUGUCGUUGCUCUUCGCCCAGCCUGCCAGCGGGGCGACGCAGAAGAAGGCGACCGUUGGAGAACAAACUUCUCCGGCAGACUCCCCGCAGACGAAAGGAGCGCUGCCGCCGACUGCAGAGUUGCCGAAGGAGCGGGCAGCGGCUAACUCGAAUGUCGAGACAACAGCUAAGUCUCAGGGCGACAGCGAAGCGGAGAAGCUGUUGAAAGAGUUGAGGGAGCUCGAGAAGGGGAUGCAGUCGCAGACGGUCGGAGACAUCAGUUCGACGCGGGGUGAGACAGAGUCUGACAAUUCGCGGACUCGGCCCGAGAGCGAUAUCAAGUACCGGGGUAUGUCGGGCUCGUUUUCCGGUUCCGGCCCGGCAUCUUCGCGGCAUAUGAAGCACCGCGUGAGUAUUCGUGGUUCGUUUGGUGAAGCGGAUGUUGUCCUUCUGCACCAAAAGCCACAACGCGGCGACGAGACCGCCGAGCGCACCAGCAGCUUCUCGGCAACCGCCGACAACAGCGUCUCUGGGCCUCGGCGCCGCGGCUUCGGCCCUGUCCCGCGCUCCAUCUUCGGUUCCGCGUUCAGCGACUUGGAAGCGGAACUCCAAGGCGACGUCGCCGAGUUCGGUGACGCGGCCGGCAUCGAGGAGAGCUUCGGCUUCUUCGGCGAGAGGCGUGGCGGGGGUGACCGCAGCCGCCGCAGCCGCGAGCGGAGGAGCGAGGACCGGUCGCGACGCAGACGCAAGGGCAGCAAGGGCCAUCGCGAGGCCGGUUCGUCUGCAGCAACCCCAGGCUCGAGACACCUGCGGCAGGUGGACCGCCGAUCCGGAUUGGCGCGCGCCGAAGACGUCGACCCCGAAGAGAGCAGUGAGGAAAGUCGCGGAAGCCGUGAAGAGCACUCCAUGAAAAAGCUGCCAGCCCGCGAGCGCAGCUCCCGAUCGGCCGGUCCGAGCCUUUCGCGCAGACGUUCGCGCCUCGAUCACGAACUGGAGCAGCGACGUGCCAAGGAAGCGAUGGAGGCGGCAGAGACGUUCGACGAGCGCGGUGGGUACGGCAGCGGAGGUCACAACUGGCUGACGCCUGGGCCGCCCCUCGUUGUGUCUGGUGAGAGCUGGCCGAGACGCGGGCUGCUGUAUCCGGAGCCGGCGUUGCUGUUGGAGGACUCUCGCGCGGUGCAGAUGAUGGAGAACGCGGCGAAGGAACUUGCGCAUUCGCGGCAGACGCCAGUUCUCCCGGGCGACCGCGGCAGAGUCGCCGCCGCGGGUGGCGCGUUCGAGAGGCUCUUUCCACGUGGUGCCCUGUUCACACUGCAGCCGACGCACGGUCAGCCGUUCGAGCCGAAGACCUUGAAGCGCGGCCGCUUCCUCAAGGCCGGCGGAGGCACCCUUCUCUUCGAAGUCUGGGAGGGUCGAACGCGCUGGGCCCUGCGCCUGCACCUGACGGAGCUGAGUGAGCGGGAGCGGACUGGGCUCGUGUCACGUUUCCCCGUCGACCGAGUUUCGGGUGCCGGCGUGAGUGCAUGGCAGCGGACGGCGGAUGGCGUCUGCGCAGAGGCUGAGGAGCUCGAGCUGCAUGCAGUGCGGAUUCUCAUGCAGCAGAACGAGCAACCGCGGGACCUGUUCUGCCGCGAGAGAAUCGCGCUGCCCGUAGCCGUGGGCGAAGUCUCCUCGCUGCCCAAGGUGACGCAGCUCCGCGACGGCGAGCACGUGACCAACAUCGGAGGCCUGUACCCGCUCGCGGCAUGCGACAUGCGGGAGCUGGCGGAGCAGUACGUGAUGCCCGAGGAAGUGAAGCUCGAGGCCGUGCGGCAGAUGGUUGCGGCGGUCGGCCGUCUGCACUCGCGUGGAGUCGUCCACCUGGACCUGAAGCUCGAGCACUUUCUGCUCGACAACCAUGGCAAAGUGUACCUUGGAGACUUGUCGACGAGCGAGAAGAUCACGGGCGUCAACGUCGAGCCGACCAGCUGCGAGUUCGGCUCCCUCGAGAGUCUGAGCCCCGAGCACCUCGCCUGCUGGGCGCGACAGCAAAGGAAGUUCACGCCCUCAAUGGCCACCGACUCGUGGUCUCUCGGUGUCGCCAUCGUCCAGCUAUGGUGCGGCGAAGCGCCCUUCCGCGUCCCCGACGCGCUCUGGAGCAAUGGCCCGGUCGCCGUCGCGCAGUACCUCGACCAACUCCUCAGACGGACAGAUGGGGAGAUCGACUUCUCCGGCUGUCCAGGAGGCGACAUCACGAACCCUGAACUGAAGCGCAUUGUGACUGGCCUCCUCACUUACGACCGCGUCAAGCGCUGGCUGCCGCUUGACGUCCUCUUCACCUCUCCUCUGAUGAUCGACCCCGCUGUGGCCAGAAACGCAUCGAGCCCUUCCGUUUCUCCCUUGACCUCCGGGAAACGCUCGAGCAAAAACAGAAAAAGAAAUAACUGAUGUAAACCGAGAGACAGAUGCUGGUGACGGGCGGAAACAGCUGGCGGAAAGUGCGAUAUUUAGGUGCCCGCGGCUGCUUCCCCAGGGCACAGUGCAGAGGUGGAAAAGCAAAUGUCUCGGCAGAAACUGGAGGUGGAUCUGUUCUGAACGUAGAAAAGAAUGCAGGUUCUCUUCUCCGUGCCGCGCUCUCGGAGAAGCAACGGUCCUGUUCGUCUCUACGAGGAGGCACUCCAGGCGGAACAUAGAGACGUACAUACAGCGCGGAUGUGUAGGUGUUUGUGUAUUGUCAGUUGAUUUGUGUGAUGAUGCGCUUUCGUAAAGGAAACUUGCCCGCCGCGCUCGCACUGGCAAGCAGCUUUCCUGGUUUACUUGAGGAGACAGGAUUCCUGACGUGUCGUCCCGUCCCGAAGCAACUCCAGCCCAGCUCAGAAUUGUGGCAGAAGUGGGGGCGCAAUUUUUUGUCAGUCGUUGUCCGGGUACGUCGGGAGUCCAAGACCGCUCUCGGAUCCCGGAAACAGUUUUUGCACUCGCUUGUUCGCCCUCUGCGGCCGGUUCUAUCCCUGUUUUUCCUUUUCAUCUUCGUGGUGGCACGGCCUGUUCCGGUUUCCCCCGGUCUGGGUGUACUGCAAAGACCUGUCUCAUGUUAGUCUAUUCGCAUAGCCGUCCUUUUGGCGUGUGUUAUUGAAGUUUCAAAACGGGUUAUACAAAGCUUUGAAAAUGCUUUCAUGUGUGCAUGUCCCAAAGCAAACACAGUUGACGAAGUUCGUUUCGUCUUUAACCGUAUCCAAGGCACUGCCAAUGCUCGGUAGGGCACACCGAAGAACUGAUUUCUCUACAACUGCGGCUUUUUCCUCUGUUAUCCCCUUCUUUGACUGAGUUCCCUUCUCCGCGUCGCUUUGUGCUUCGGAGUGGUUUAAGGCCCGUACGGUUCACGGAGGAUAGCAAGGCAGAGACAUCUCAAGGUACCUGAAGCUACGCGAUCUAUGGAGAUUUUCACGGGACAUCAAACCGAGGAGUUGCUGCAGCUCACCCGGAAACGCGACCAGCAGUCAAAAACACAAGGCACCCCAACUCGGAAGCAACGAACAGUCCGUGACUGUGUUAGGAACGUUUCUCACGAACAGGACUAUCUCUCUGACAAAAGCAUGAGUCGACCCGGCCAUUUGGUUGCGGUUCUCGGUGGCCGGCAGAAGCAUGUCUGUUCUGUGUUAUGGCUGACUUCCGUAAUGAAGACGUGUGAGAUCAUGCGGCAUCGCAAUAUUUGAGGAACUGUCACGAGCAUUUACAAACAGACCGAAACACUGGAAACAAAACGACGGCGUGCACGGAGAGAACGGCCGAGGACCGCACUCUGUGCGAUCGGAACAUGCACCGCCAGAAAUAAUGAUCUGUCCGUGUUGAGGAAGCUGUCUAGGCAACGCUACGCC